CUAGUGGGCGCACUGCUGGGCGGAACUUGCGGGUGUCACUGCUGGGCACCGAUCAUCAGGGCACUGAUCAUCAGUGCCCUGAUAAUCGGUGCCGAUCCCCGCUCUGACAACUGCCGGGCACUGAUGAUCAGUGCCCUGAUGAUCGGUGCCCAGCAGUGCCACCCGCAAGUUCCACCCAGUAGUGCGCCCACUAGCUCCACCCACCUGUGCCCAGCAGUGCACCCACCUGUGCCACUCUGCAGUGCCACCUACCUGUGCCCAGAAGUGCCACCUACAUGUGUUCCC